AGUUUAGCUUUGAAGCGAGACGCACGGCUUGCUCCAGCAGUGAAUUAACUAAAUGAAACGUGCACAGUGUUCAUAAGAAAAAAUUACAUAUUUACAAAUGUACAUACGGAUCAAUAGCCCUUAGCUGUGAAUACAUACUUAUCCUAGACGGAUCAGCAGAUAAAGCAGAUCCACGCUGAGUACCAGCAUUUGCCUGGUCAGAAUGAAUUUGUACUAUGGUUUGGUGAUCAUAUUGGCUUUGGUUUCAAUUACUGCAAUCGGCAGCAGCAGUCGCACCUUCGUUGUGGACUAUGAGAAUGAUCGGUUUCUGAAGGAUGGACUGCCAUUUCGCUUCAUAUCCGGCUCCUUUCAUUAUUUUCGGGCUCAUCCUGAUACCUGGUCGAGGCACUUGAGAACAAUGCGUGCCGCUGGUCUCAAUGCAGUAACUACAUACGUAGAAUGGUCCCUACACAAUCCCCGCGAUGGCGUCUACGUUUGGAAUGGCAUUGCCGACUUGGAACGCUUUAUACGUCUGGCUGUCGACGAGGACUUGUUGGUGAUACUGCGUCCAGGUCCCUAUAUUUGUGCCGAGCGCGAUAUGGGCGGCUUUCCAUACUGGCUUCUAAACAAGUUUCCUGGUAUACAACUGCGCACAGCCGACAUUAACUACCUUAGUGAGGUGCGCAUAUGGUAUGCCCAGCUAAUGACACGCAUUGUGCCUUAUCUUUAUGGCAACGGUGGACCCAUUAUUAUGGUUCAGGUCGAGAACGAGUAUGGUUCGUACUUUGCUUGCGACGUAAAUUAUCGCAACUGGUUGCGCGACGAGACUCAGAGCCAUGUUAAGGAUAAUGCCGUGCUGUUUACCAACGAUGGACCCACUGUGCUGCGUUGCGGCAAGAUUCAGAAUGUUUUGGCUACGAUGGACUUUGGAGCCACAACAAAUCUCAAGGACAUCUGGAGCAAACUGCGACGGUACGAACCUAAAGGUCCGCUAGUAAAUGCCGAGUACUAUCCCGGCUGGCUGACGCACUGGACAGAGCCUAUGGCCAAUGUGAGCACUGAGGCAAUAACGGGAACAUUCAUUGAUAUGCUAGAGAGUGGAGCCAGUGUCAAUUUCUACAUGUUUUAUGGUGGUACUAAUUUUGGUUUUACGGCGGGCGCCAAUGACAACGGACCUGGUAACUAUAUAGCAGACAUAACCAGCUAUGAUUACGACGCACCCAUGACAGAAGCGGGUGAUCCCACGCCAAAGUACAUGGCACUACGCCACAUUAUUGGCAGGUAUUUACCACUGCCGGAUGUGCCAGUACCGCAGCCGGUGCCCAAACGGGCAUACGGCAUAGUCAGGCUGUUCAGCUGCUGUACGCUGUUUUCCAGAGAGGGUCGAGAAAAACUCAGUACGGGUGUUGUGCGCUCUGCAAAGCCAAAAACUUUUGAGGCCCUGAACCAAUAUUCUGGCCUGGUACUGUAUGAAUCUUGGUUGCCCGCGCAGUUUAAACGGGAUCCGAGUGUGUUGCAUGUGCGCGGCCUGGCGGACCGUGGCUACGUCUAUGUAGACAAUGAAUUUGUAGGCAUACUGGCGCGAGAGACACCCAUCUUUGAUUUACCACUAAGUGCUAGCUCGGGUAGGCAGUUACAGAUUCUGGUCGAGAAUCAGGGACGCCUUAACUAUGGAAGGCAGCUGAAUGACUUCAAGGGCCUCACGAAGGAUGUGCGCCUGGACAAACAGAUAUUAACCAACUGGAAUAUGACCAAGUAUCCACUAGAAUCGUAUGAAAACCUGGAGGCUCUCAUAACCACGUCGACUGAAGCGGCAAAAGUUGGCUUUCAAGAGAUUAGAAAACUAAAGACGGUACUACGAAAUGGACCAGCCAUCUAUUACGGCACGUUAACCAUCGACAGCGCCGAUCAACUGGCGGACACAUAUCUGGAUAUGUCCGGCUGGGGAAAAGGUAUUGUCUUUCUAAACGGCGAGAAUCUGGGCCGCUACUGGCCUCUGGUUGGCCCGCAAAUAACACUAUAUGUGCCCGCCGCAGUUUUAAAAGUAGGCAGAAACCGUUUGAUCCUGGUGGAAUACCAACAGACGCCCACUGCUAUGGAGCUGCAGUUUCGCGAUACGCCCAUUUUGAAUAGCAGAGUAAAUUAGCUUAGACAACAACAGAACAUCAUGAUAUAUGAUAUAUGUACAUUUUUUAAAAUUAAGUUUUUUUGUAACGCAUUGAAAUCUGGUGAUGGCUUCUUUUUUUCUUUUGUAAGCCUGCUGCUUAAAGACUCAUUACAGCAGCAGGAGCGACAAAAACAGUUACCGGGAGACACGCAUGUGACCUUUGUGCGCGUGCCGCCUUCCCAAAUUAAUCCCAAAUGAUUGAAGUCUACAGCAGCGCAGAGGCUGCUGAACCACAUUCCGCAGAAGUUCAAAUACGCCGUCUUGGCUCUAUAGAUAUAGCGCCUCGGUUAAAAUGUGGGUAUAUAGAAAUAUAUGUGCUCGUCGACGCCAGAUCCACAGACUUAAUAUAUUAUGAUAGACCCUUUAAAAUGAUAACACAUUGAAGCGAUAUUUAAGCGUCGCACUGUUGGCCUUGUGAGGAUAACGGAACGUCUUAGUAAAAAUGUAAAAUAAUAAAAAACGUACAGAUUAAACGCCAAAAAAAUGAAAUUAAAAAAAACUCUGCGAAUAUGGUGAAUUUUCAAUUUGACUAAGAAAAAAAAAUCACCAUGAUGUUAAUGCUGAGUUAAUUUGACCUACUUAACUUUCAAUUCAUGAUCCCAAAUUACCUAUUAACUAAAAUGUAAAAUGUUUAAUGCAUUAUGAGGUGCACACCCAAACAAAAUUGUAGGCCUUUCGAAUCGACGUCUCGGCUCAGGGUUAACAUCGUGAAUCUUAUUUUUUUAAUUUAAAUUAAUAUAUAUUGUGAAAUUUCUUCCACAGUUUAAUAAAAGUUUAAAACAUGCUUUCCGCAAAA